CUUCGUAGAGUCUCCGUCAUGACUUUCCAACAGUCUUCUCUACUUCAAAAGCCUACAACCUUUCAGCAGUUCAUCUGGUCGCCGCUAAAAUACACGGCCCAAUGCCUCUACCGCUUGCUUUCGUCCACUCGGCUACGCCUAACUCCGUUAAAACCUCCGAUACGUGUCGUCUGUGUCUCAGAUACCCAUAAUGGCACCCCGAACGUCCCAGAAGGCGAUCUACUCAUUCACGCUGGAGAUCUCACGAACACGGGCACUCUGAAAGAACUGCAAGCCCAAAUCAUCUGGUUUUCAGCGCUUCCCCACAGGCACAAGAUUGUCGUAGCAGGUAACCACGAUACCUUCCUCGAUCCCUCAUCUAGACCUACGCUAGCACUAGAAGACCGUGAGGGCAAGAUCGAUUGGCAAGGUGUCAUGUAUCUGCAAUGCACUUCGACUACCCUGGCUUUCCCAGAUCAAGGAAGACAGCUCAAAGUCUACGGCUCGCCUUUGGUGCCUCUCUGUGGUGGAAGCAGCUUUGCGUUUCAGUAUCCAAGGCAUCUCGAUUCUUGGACCGCCGAGAUUCCAACGGACAUUGACAUUCUUGUUACGCAUACCCCUCCACGUUAUCACCGGGACAUUUCAAGCGGUUCGGUGUCUGCGAGUGGAUGUGCUGGAUUGCUGAAGGCGAUUUGGCGGAUAAGACCGCUGCUACAUGUUUGCGGCCAUGUACAUGCGAAUCGCGGGACGAGUGUUCUGGAUUGGGAUAGAGAUCAGGCUGCGUAUGAGAGGGCUUGUGGUAGGCGGAUGGCGGGAUUUGGUGAAAUUCUCUCUUGGAGAGCGUGGAAAGACUUCGUUGUUGUCUUGAUGUUUGGUGUGACGAAAGCGGUUACAGAUCGCAUUUGGAACUCUGCUUCUCAAGCGAGCAUACUCGUCAAUGCUGCAAUGUGGUAUGAUAAGUAUGGUAACGCUGAGAAUGAGAUACAAGUUGUAUUAGUCUAGUCGCAGGUGUAUAGUAGAAUAACUCAAAACAAACGAAUUCAC